CUAGCCCUGGAGAAUCUGUGGGUGUCUAGCAACGGGGGAGGACCCUAGCAACGGCGGGGAGUGGGACAGGGCGAAAGUGGGUUUUGGGAGGUGCGCAGAAAGAGCUAUGGAUUCCUAGCAACCAGAGAGGGAACCAGAAGAAACUGGGGGAACUAUUAAACGGGAAAGGAAGUCUUUAGUGGGUGGGAAUCUUAGGAUGGACACAGAGGAAUGUGAGGGCUUAGCAAAGACGAGGGCAAAGCGGGGAAGUCAGUGCCAACCCCUACCCGAGUAAUCCCCUUCUCCCCCAGGCGAUGUGGCUGGAGGUGGGGGGCUUACUGCGGGGGACCUGUGGACAGCUGGGACGGACUGUCGGUUUGCCUUGUGGGGCCUUGGGGCCUGGGCCCCACUGGUGGCGGCCAUGUGGGGGUUCUCGGCCCCAAAUGUUUCAUAAGGAUGGGCCUGGCAGAGGCCUGGGUGAGGAGGACAUUCGCAGGAUACGGGAGGCCCGGAUCAGGAAGACACCCCGGCCCCAGCUGAGCGACUGCUCUCGAGAACGCAAGGUGCCUGCUUCCCGCAUCAGCCGCUUGGCCAACUUUGGGGGACUGGCUGUGGGCUUGGGGCUGGGAGCAUUGGCAGAGGUGGCCAAGAAGUCUCUGCUGGGAGGACGUCUACCAUCAGAGAGCAGCUCCCGGCCAGGCUCCAGCCCUUUCCUGUCAGAGGCCAAUGCCGAGCGGAUUGUGCAGACCUUGUGUACAGUGCGGGGGGCCGCCCUCAAGGUCGGCCAAAUGCUCAGCAUCCAGGAUAACAGCUUCAUCAGUCCUCAGCUGCAACGCAUCUUCGAGCGUGUCCGCCAGAGCGCUGACUUCAUGCCCCGCUGGCAGAUGCUGAAAGUUCUCGAAGAGGAGCUUGGCAAGGACUGGCAGGCCAAGGUAGCCUCUUUAGAGGAGGUGCCCUUUGCUGCAGCCUCGAUCGGGCAGGUGCACCAGGGCACACUGAGGGAUGGGACGGAGGUGGCCGUGAAGAUCCAGUACCCAGGCGUGGCCCAGAGCAUCCAGAGUGAUGUCCAGAACCUGCUGGCAGUGCUCAAGAUGAGUGUGGCCCUGCCCGAGGGCCUGUUCGCUGAGCAGAGCCUGCGGGCCUUGCAGCAGGAGCUGGCUUGGGAGUGUGACUACCGUCGUGAAGCGGCUUGUGCCCAGAGCUUCAGGCAGUUGUUGGCCGAUGACCCUUUCUUCCGGGUACCAGCUGUGAUUAAGGAGCUGUGCACAACACGGGUGCUGGGCAUGGAGCUGGCCGGAGGGGUGCCCCUGGACCAGUGCCAGAGCUUGAGCCAGGACAUCCGGAACCAGAUCUGCUUCCAGCUCCUGAGGCUGUGUCUGCGGGAGCUGUUCGAGUUCCGAUUCAUGCAGACAGACCCCAACUGGGCCAACUUCCUCUAUGAUGCCUCCAGCCACCAGGUGACCCUGUUGGACUUCGGUGCAAGCCGGGAAUUUGGGACUGAAUUCACAGACCAUUACAUCGAGGUGGUGAUGGCAGCAGCCAAUGGAGACAGAGACCGGGUCCUGCAGAAAUCCCGGGACCUCAGAUUCCUCACAGGCUUUGAAACCAAGGCAUUCUCGGAGGCCCACGUGGAGGCAGUGAUGAUCCUGGGGGAACCCUUCGCCACCCCCGGCCCCUAUGACUUUGGGGCUGGUGACACUGCCCGCCGAGUGCAGGGCCUCAUCCCCGUGUUGCUGCGGCACCGGCUGCGCCCACCGCCUGAGGAGACCUACGCCCUGCACCGCAAGCUGGCAGGGGCUUUCCUGGCCUGCGCCCGCCUCCGUGCCCACAUCGCCUGCCGGGAUCUCUUCCAGGACACCUACCACCGCUACUGGGCCAGUCGCCAGGCGUAGCCGCUGGCUGCGGCCUCCUGACCAAAGGGGAUGCCUGGUCAGACCCCUUAAAGACAGCCUCCAUCCAGGGAUUCUGGCCCCAAAGCAGGCCAUGGAGGGGAGGUGGUGCUGUGAUGCCUCCUUUCCAUUCUCCUGCAGGUCGGGAGACCACCGCCUCCGGCUUCCCUGUCUUGCCUCACUCCUUUCCUAGGAGCUGGGGAACCCUUGGGCUAGGGAACUCCCAGCUUCACACCCCCAUCUCCUGCUCUCCCCACUCCACAAAGUUGGCAUCCAGGAACUCUGCGCCAGGAAUUAACUUAUUUUUGUCCACAUUUAAGAGCCUCAGGUCCCCUGCGCGCAGGCAUGCAGAUCCAGACUCCUGUAGAUGGGGAGCCCCUCACCUCUGCCUCAGGUCUCCCACCCAUCUGGCCAAUGAAAGAGGAAGGGGUUAGUGGAGGCAGCCCUCGCCUUUGCUGCCCUCACCCCUCCACCAGCUGCGUUCUCCCCCUUCUUCCCGGCUCCCUCUUUUCUAUGUAUUGGGGAGGGGGUAGGGGAGGGUGUUUGAGACUUCAGACGGAAUAAAAGCGGCUCCCCUUC